GCGGCCUGCCCGGCCCGGGGCGCUCCCAGAACAAACGAGGCCCCUGAGAGCUCCAUCUAGUUCGCCGGAUAACAUCCCACAGCAGAAUUCAGAGUCAGCAAUGGCUAAACCCCAGGUGGUUGUAGCUCCUGUAUUAAUGUCUAAGCUGUCUGUAAACGCCCCUGAAUUCUACCCAUCAAGUUACUCUUCUAAUUAUACAGAAUCCUAUGAGGAUGGCUGUGAGGAUUAUCCUACUUUACCAGAAUAUGUUCAGGAUUUUUUGAAUCAUUUUACAGAACAGCCUGGCAGUUUUGAAACUGAAAUUGAACAGUUUGCAGAGACCCUGAAUGGCUGGGUUACAACAGAUGAUGCUUUGCAAGAACUUGUGGAACUCAUCUAUCAACAGGCCACAUCUAUCCCCAAUUUCUCUUACAUGGGAGUGCGCCUCUGUAACUACCUGUCCCAUCAUCUGACAAUUAGCCCACAGAGUGGCAACUUCCGCCAAUUGCUACUUCAAAGAUGUCGGACUGAAUAUGAAGUUAAAGAUCAAGCUGCAAAAGGGGAUGAAGUGACUCGAAAACGAUUCCAUGCGUUUGUACUCUUUCUGGGAGAACUUUAUCUUAACCUGGAGAUCAAAGGGACAAAUGGACAGGUUACAAGGGCAGACAUUCUUCAGGUCGGUCUUCGGGAGUUGCUGAAUGCCCUCUUCUCUAAUCCUAUGGAUGACAACUUAAUUUGUGCAGUAAAAUUACUGAAGUUGACAGGGUCAGUUUUAGAAGAUGCCUGGAAGGAAAAAGGAAAGACUGACAUGGAAGAAAUUAUUCAGAGAAUUGAAAAUGUUGUCCUAGAGGCAAAUUGCAGCAGAGAUGUAAAACAGAUGCUUUUGAAGCUUGUAGAACUCCGGUCAAGUAACUGGGGUAAAGUCCAUGCAGCCUCAACAUACAGGGAAGCAACACCUGAAAAUGAUCCUAAUUAUUUUAUGAAUGAGCCAACAUUUUAUACAUCUGAUGGUGUUCCUUUCACUGCAGCUGAUCCAGAUUACCAAGAGAAAUAUCAAGAGUUACUUGAAAGAGAAGACUUUUUUCCAGAUUAUGAAGAAAAUGGAACAGAUUUAUCAGGGGGUGGUGAUCCGUACUUGGAUGAUAUUGAUGAUGAGAUGGACCCAGAGAUAGAAGAAGCUUAUGGAAAAUUUUGUUUGGACUGUUUUCUAGAAAUGAAGGAAUGUCUCUCUUACCUUAAUGAAUAUCAAAUGAUUAAAGAUUAUUUUUUUUAA